AGCCGCCUGCCAGAAUGGGCUUGUGUAACUUUGCAAACGUGCCAGAAAAGUUUAAAAAGCCCUCAUCUCCUCCCACCCACCUACCCUCCGCCCCUCCCUCCGCUGCCGCUUCAUUCCAGACACCAGCAAAAGCAAGAGGGAGAGGCGGCUCGCUCAGUCCCGCGCCGAGCGCAUUCCUUUUAGCAAUCUUGGAGAGGAGGAGAGGGGAAGCUUGUUGCAAAGGAGAAAUCUGCCACCUGUGUACGAAGAGAGCGCCCAAGCGCCUCCAAGAACUGCUUCUUCGCCAUCGGGCUGUUGUUUGGCUCGACGGUCCUUCCAGGACCCAGGGGUGCCAAGGGGUACCCCGCUCGCCGCCAUGCGCCUCUCCACCCGGCCGCCGCUGCUGCUUCGUGUGGCCCAACUGCAGGCGUGCGUCUAUUGGAGCUGCCUGCUGUGCGCGCCAUCGGGCGCGCUGCCUCCGCCAAGGAACCCGCCGCCGCCGGCCGUGUGGAGGCAAAGGAUUCAGUGGGAGAAUCAGGGGCAGCUAUACAGCCUGCUCAGCGUGGGCUCCCAGUACCAGCCGCCUCGGCGGCGCGCAAGCCAGCAGCCCGCGCACGGCGGCCACGUGUUGCUCCUCCGGGGCAAUGGCACCGCUCCGCGCAGGGCGCAAGCGGUCGCCGCCGAAGGCACCACCCGGAGACCCGAGGCGCAGCACUGGUUCCAAGCCGGCUACCAGCAGCCCGCCGGCAACAGGGAGCGCGGGGCCGACGGCUCUGCCAGCAGCAGCUCUCGGAGAGCGCCCCUCGCCAGCGCCCCCUCCAGGCUGGGCAACAGCAGUGGCGCGCCUCCUCUGAGCAACUUCCCUCGGGCGCGCGGCGUAGACCGCAUGGUGGGCGAUGACCCCUACAACCCGUACAAGUACUCGGACGACAACCCGUACUAUAACUAUUACGACACGUACGAGCGGCCCAGGCCCGACAGCCGACAGCGGCCCGGUUAUGGCACCGGUUACUUUCAGUACGGUCUCCCAGACUUGGUACCAGAUCCGUAUUACAUCCAAGCAUCCACUUAUGUGCAGAGGACUUCCAUGUACAACCUGAGGUGUGCUGCUGAAGAGAACUGCCUAGCAAGCUCAGCUUACAGGUCGGAUGUCAGAGACUAUGAUAAUAGAAUGCUUCUAAGAUUCCCCCAGAGAGUGAAAAACCAAGGCACAUCGGAUUUCUUGCCAAGCCGACCACGAUACUCUUGGGAGUGGCACAGUUGUCAUCAACACUACCACAGUAUGGAUGAAUUCAGCCAUUAUGACUUGCUUGAAGCAAGCUCCCAAAGGAGAGUAGCUGAAGGACACAAAGCAAGCUUUUGUCUUGAAGAUACGUCCUGCGAUUAUGGAUACUAUAGAAGGUAUGCGUGUACAUCACAUACGCAGGGACUGAGCCCUGGGUGUUACGACACAUACAAUGCUGACAUAGACUGCCAAUGGAUUGAUAUCACAGAUGUUAAACCUGGAAAUUACAUCUUAAAGGUUAGUGUAAACCCAAGCUACUUGGUACCAGAAUCGGACUACUCCAACAAUGUAGUGCGUUGCGACAUCCGUUAUACAGGUCACCAUGCAUAUGCGUCUGGCUGCACAAUUUCACCGUAUUAAGAUGAAAGAAAAUUUAUGCGACGGUGCCCAAGGUUUUGAGGUGAAAUUAUUUUAUAAACUUGAGACAGGAUGUAAAAACUUUUGAAAGCGAAAACGAAAAAAAAAGGACCAGAGUAUAUACAAAAAGAAUUUUAAUGACUCUGAAGCAUUAAGACCUCCUUCAGAAUGGAUGCUGUCGCUCAAUUCAUGUGUUCAACUUUUGAGGACAGUGAAAGAUUGGUGCUUUAUAUACAGUAUUUCAAAUUCUACAGGAAGUUUUAACCCAUUCACAGAAAUGCCUUUUCUCUGACUACUGGAAAAUCAAUAUGCUAUUUGUGAAUGCGCUUAAGGAACAAUUUAAAGGAUAUUCAAAGAGGCUGAGAUUCGAAGAGUUACUUUAGGUUCAUAUAUGCCCAAUGGAAUCUUACACAUUUCACUUUUUAACAACAGACUCCAACUCCUCCAUAUCAAAACUAUGCUUUUUACAUUUUCAUUUUCUUUGGAAGUUUAUUGCUAUGUGGCAAGUGUCCAGGGCAGUGCUGUCCAAAGGUCAUGGAACUAAUUUCACAAUUAUUUGGUCUGCAGCCAUAUAAUAAAUAGUAAGGAGGAGGAGGAGGAGGAAAAUUCAGUGGUCAUGGGGCAAAAUCUGGACCAAACUCUGGGGAAAUGAAACUUCCAACAGAGCUAAACACCCAGCAUGAUACUUUUCUAUCCUUGGGACAAAAUGUAUUGUUCACUUUUUAAGAACCGUUCAUGCUUAGUGUGUAGCAGUGGCUGUUCGUUACACCUUUUCAGAUGAAAGUGUUUGCAUUUUAGACGUAUUAGCAGGCAAGUAUCUUCUUAAACCAGAUGGCUAUUGGUAUUUUGAAACAAGCCAUUUUCUCAGAAGAAUUAUGAAAUAGUGAAUUACCCAUUUCCAAUGUUUGCUGCAGAUUGCUUUGCACAUUUUCUUCCUUCCAUACAGCUCUAAAGCUUUUCAAUUACGAGUAUUUAGAAACUAUUCUCCCUUCAUAGAAUUUGGGUAACGUGGAUUAAAGCUGAUGUAUACACUCAGCAGGAAAAAAUAGUCUAUUUACAAAGGUGGAAUUUCUCAAUAUAUUCCAGUAUUUAGUGCAAACUUUAAUUGGUUAAAAAAAGGGUUAGGAGUAAUAUAGUUUGGUAGCAUCACAAAAUAAGGCUUAAAAGACUGAUUCACAAGGAGCUAAUGGAUGUUCUUCAUGAAUACUGUAUUUUAAACCUUGUAGGCAGUCAGAAAGAAUGAAGUUUUUUUUUUAAAAAAGCCAUACUAGCAGGAUAUUCAGUAGGCUGCAUACUAAAUAAUGCAGUACUGUAUUAUAUGAUAACAAUACCUGCCAUAUGCAAGAUUCAACAGGCAAGCAUGCAAAUAAUUCAAGUGAAGAAAAUCAUAACUCCUCUAACUUGGUUGUUAGAGGUAGAAGAAUCAUUCCUCCUUUGGCUAAAGUGAAAUAGAUGGGUUUCUCCACCCCCCAGAAACUGUGAAAUAAUUUCUAGCAGAUGGGAGUCUUCCUUCCCACUACUAGAUUUCUGAAAGGCCCUAUAAAUAUUCAGUUGUUGACCAUGCUUUUUAGCUGUUAGAACUAAAACUUGCUGCAUUUUGAGUGCAUUCCAUACAUUAAAUAUGAAAGAAGUGAUAUACAUUAAGCAUGGGGAAUAUAAGGACAUUUUCAAUAACCAUUUCUUGGAGAUGUUUGAUGGCUUGGAAUACACGUUUCAGAUUGUCUUGAAGAUGUUCAAGCUCCUCCACUUUUAGUACUAUAAUUUGUUUUGCAAAUUUAAACAAAAAAUUGUCCUCCACACCACUGUCUGUCCAGGCUGACAAGACCUGCUUCUGCCUAUUUCGCUUGCCAGUGCCUUCCCCUUAGCUUGGAUAGUUCUGGUGGAUUUUCAAAUCACCAGUCCUACCAUGUGUAGUAUGUCCAAUAUCGCACAUGAUCAUAAGCAACACCCUUUCAUACGUCAACAAUUGCUAUCCACCUGAUAAAAAAUUCCUUCCAGUAGCACCUUAGAGACCAACUAAGUUGGUUAUUGGUAUGAGCUUUUGUGUGCAUGCACACUUCUUCAGAUACACUAAAACAGAAGUCACCAGACGCUUAUAUAUAGUGAGAGGGUGGGGAGGGGUAUUACUCAGCAGGGUGGUGGGAAUAACACCAUUACUGGCCCCAACAACAUCAAACAUACCAUCUCAGGUCUAUUUAAUUGCUCAUCUUCUAACAUUGUGUAUGCCAUCAAAUGCCAACAGUGCCCUUCAGCUCUCCAUAUUGGACAAACAGGCCAAACCCUACGCCAAAGGAUAAAUGGACAUAAAUCUCACACCAGGAAUCACAAGACAGAGAAGCCAGUAGGAGAACACUUCAAUCUCCCAGGACAUUCUAUACAAAAUCUCAAAGUAGCUGUCUUAUUGCAAAAGAAUUUCAGAAAUAGACUGGAAAGAGAAGUUGCUGAAAUGCAACUUAUUACCAAACUUAAAACCAUGGAGAGACCUGGUCUGAAUAGAGACAUUGGAUUCUUGUCUCAUUAUACAUGAUAAAUGUAUAAUUUUUAGCCAUCUCACCUUGCUUUUUCCUACAAGACCAAUUGCAGCCGUUAACAGGUUUACCACUCCUAUCAGCCAAUCACCCUUCUGAGUAACACCCCUCCCCACCCUCUCACUAGAUAUAAGGGUCUGGUGACUUCUGUUUCAGUGUAUCUGAAGAAGUGUGCAUGCACACGAAAGCUCAUGCCAAUAACAAACUUAAUUGGUCUCUAAGGUGCUACUGGAAGGAUUUUUUUUUAUUUUGUUUCGACUAUGGCAGACCAACACGGCUACCUACUUGUAACUAUCCACAUGAUACGCGUGUAAGCAGCCUUGCUUGCUUAUAUGUAGAAAUUUUUCUUUCUUUUUUAAAAAAUGUUUUAGUAGCAGCAGGAAAAACUGUGGGCUGGUAUUGGGGAGUCAGUGACUACUAAGAAGAGCAGGGGAGCGGGAAAGCUGAUGGCUUGACGAUGGCAUCUCAAGGAACAGGGCUGAGCAACUUCGUAGGACCACUAUCCCACAUUUAGCAGCAUUUCCAGUUACAAAAUUGGGUUUCCAUUUAUCAGGCGGGAAGCAGGUUAUCUGCUGUUACAUAUGAUGUGAACUGGAAUAUCUGACACUUUUGGAUUCAGACCUCAGCCAAGAUUCACUUUGCCAAGAUCUGUUCUAACAAAGAAAGGUACUAAUUCAUGAAGAUUCAUGGCAACUUGGAAGAUUUUCUUGUGGUUUUUGGAACACACGAGGAAUUAAUGGGCUACAUCUUUUUGCGAGAAACUAAUCCUUUUCCCUUCCAGCUGCAUGACACAGAUUUUCUUGCACUUUUUUUGGCAGGCCCUUAUUCAGACUACAGCACAGAAAAUGUUUCUAAUUCAAAUAUUUCACAUUUAGAUCAAAGGGAUUUUUAAAUGGUAAGCUGAUUUUUCCCCAGCCACCCUUUUUGUACCUCCCCAUAGGUUUAGUUGGAGAUAACUGAAGUACUAUAUUCUUACAAGUGGUCUACCCUGUGCCUUACAUCAAAAACAUCAUUUUCACAUUCCAGAUACCACAAAGGUGCUUACAUAUUUUAACUUGAAUUGAAAUAGAGUUUUAUGCCAGGAAAUUUAUAAGCAACCAAAUGUUACAAAUUUAGUGAAGAGCCACUCUAACUUCUUGCGAGGAAUUCUAAUAUUUACUUCAUUUUUUCCCAAAGAGCCUUGCUUUUAAAAUCUUUGCAUCUUUCUCUGAGAAGUUAUUUAUAAUUAUUCAUACACUAGCUUUGUAUUCUUCAUUGCACUUCCAUAUUCUCGUUUAAUUCUUGUAUCGUGGUUGCAGAUUUAUGUGAAAAUGACCUGAAUAAAUUUGUUUUUCAAAUGCUCAGAA